UGAGACCGUCGUGCUCAGACUUCUUUACGGCCAGAAGACCAAGCAAAGUUGCGGAAGGGCUUUUCCAUUUCACAUGUCCAUGCACUGAGGUGUCUAAUGGCCUCCAGCUCAGGGCUGUCCAUGUGAGAAGUGAAUCUGAGAAGAGAAAGGCACACACAUAAAGAGAGAGAAGAGUUUCCCACAGAACAUGGCCUCUGCCAAAGAAGAUGGUGUGGAUGAAAGAACUGUGGACAUUAAAGAAGAGGACUGUGAGCGGCUCACACCAGAGGAUGUGCGUGUGAAGCUGGAGGAUCACGAAGAAAGAAUUUCAGUUUUUAAAGAGGAGGAGGAGUGCAAGGGUGUGACUGCUGCCAUUAAAGCUGAGGAUUUGAAUUUUUUCUCCAUUGGUCUUGAACUUCAAAAGCAUGAAAUUGAGGAGAUUUUCAAGCAAGAGGCCUGUGAAGAAUCUCCAUCCAGUUUACAGCCCUGGUCCACUAAUACGGGACGACUGGCUAAACAGGAGAAUUCUACAGAGCUGAAAUCAGAGUUAUUGGAGUCUGAAGAGAAAAUCACUGAGGGAAAUGGGAGAGAAGGAGAAGAGUCACCUGGGAAUAUUGAAAUAAAUUUUCAGAAGAAUGGCAGCUUCUUUCCACCUUCAUUUGGUCAGCCCUCUUCUCAAUACAAAGAGAAAGGUAUGAAGAAAUCAGCAAGAGGAUCAAAGAACCAGAUAGCAGCCUUUUUCCAGUGCAGUUCUCUCCCUGCUACUGCAGCAACAAAGACAGAAGCCAUCAAAAUUGAUCGAGAGAAAGUGGAGAAAGAAAUCCAAAUUCACACUGGAAAAAAAUGUUUGGAAUGUGGCAAACAAUUUACACAGAAAAGUGAUUUUAAUAAGCAUAUGAAAAUUCACACUGGUGAAAAAACACAUUGUUGCCCUGAAUGUGGUAAGCAUUUUUCAACAAGAAGCCAUCUUCAGAUGCACAGAAAAAUCCACACAGAAGAAAAACCUUAUUGUUGUCCAGAAUGUGGCAAACAAUUUUCUGACAAACGCAGUUUUCAAAAGCACACGCGAAUUCAUAAGGAAGAGAAAAAGCAGUAUGUCUGUUCUGAAUGUGACAAAGGUUAUACAAGCCAGAGAAGUCUUGAUAGACACACCAAAAUCCAUACUGGAAAAAAAUCUCAUUGCUGUUCUGAAUGUGGGAAACGAUUCUUAUUUUUAUACUCACUUCAGUGCCACAUCAGAACUCAUACUGGAGAGAAACCUUAUUGCUGUCCUGAAUGUGAUAAGCAAUUCUCGCAACAAAGCACCCUACAAAGUCACAUCAGAUGUCACACUGGAGAGAAACCUCACAGUUGCUUGGAGUGUGGCAAACAAUUCUCACGUAUUGGUUCUCUUUACAUACAUCAGAGAAGUCAUACUGGAGAGAAGCCUUACAGUUGUACUGAAUGUGGAAUGCGAUUCUCAUAUAACAGUUCUCUUCACAAGCAUAGAAUAAUUCAUUCUGGUAAGAAACACAGCUGUUCUGACUGUGGCAGGCUUUUCUCCGACCGUGGGACUCUUAAAGAUCACAUGAGAAUUCACUCUGGAGAAAACCCCUAUUGCUGUCCAGAAUGUGGCAAACGAUUCACACGUCAUGCCUCACUUAGGUGCCACCGAAUGAUCCACACUGGAGAGAAGCCAUACACCUGUUCUGAAUGUGGUAAAGGGUACUCUUCCAAACAAAGUUUUCUAAAACACACACAAAGUCAUAUUGGAGUAAAGUCGGCCUAAGAAAUGACAAAUGAUCUUUCCUUUGGCUCCUUAAUUAAAACACUGAAAGAAAAUCUUCUGAAUGCUUUAAAGGACUCCAGUUUAAAGUAGUUAAUAAGUACACAAGAAUAGUGGAGAAAAUACUGAAAGUGGCAAACAGAUCUUAGAUGUAAGGUGACCUCAGAGCCACAUAUGAAUACACACUGGAAUACAACACAUAUCUCACAAACAGCAAGAAUCUUCUUCAACAACUUAUAGAUGCAGGAAAAAACCUCAUUGUUGUCCUAAAUGUGGUUAACGCUUUUCAGAUGGCAGUGACUUUUAUAGUCAUAAAUGACUGGCCUACUUGCUGUCCAAUCAGGUACUGGAGAGGGAUAGUCGCGAAGGACAGGAGACUAAAAAGAGAGCCGUCACAUGACAGACCAAUGUAGAGGGGCUUUAUAAGACUUUUACACUAAUUUAGGUUAUCAUUUAUAAAUGAUAAGAGUCUUUACAAACCAAACACAUUCAUCGGCUGUGUGUCAUGGGUGAGUCCAAAAGUGGGAAUUUAAGAAGAUCUAAAUACAAAUAAAAUGAAACAUUCAGGGUUCAAAGAGAAAUGUUUAAGACCUGAAGAGGGAGUCACAACAGCAUGCUAGGGUUAGCACGGGGGACCACAGUUGUGAAGAAUAUCAAUUAAUGAAUAGAAGGAAUAUUAAUUAAAAUAAUGAUAAUUAUUUUAUUAGAACUGGGACAUGAUAAUGAAUGCAGAACACAGUGAGAGAAAAAGGGAAGACAAAGCAGACAACACACAGAAAUCUCUGCUGACACAGCUGUUAAUUUGAUAAAUUAACCUAAAAAUAUAACAGAUGUUCCUUUGCUCCAUGUCAAUAUAUCCUGGGAUGGUGUGUGAAGGACACUCUAUACUCCGAAUGUGUUGGUUCAGGUUUCAUUUUGAGUUUAGCACCUUCUUCAUAUCAAUUCCCAAGACAACGUUUCUUCACGUCGAGAAUACGAGCUGGAGGCCACAGGAACUCAAACUCCAACAGCGGGAUGGACGAUUAGAAAGCUCUGCUCUGAGAGAGUGUCAGCUACACAAAGCUUUGGCUUCAUUUACUGGACAAAAAACUCAAAAAAGCAGAAGUGGCCCCUUACGUACCCCCACCACUGAAGGUCAAAUUUCACCGCCUCACUACUCGCUGUUGGAUCACUCUGCUUGGACUUUCUGUAUUUUGUAAGUUUGUUUCAUUUUUUGGCCACACUCUUUUUACAUUUUAUUUCAUUGAUGUUCUAAAAUGUGUGAGUAUAGCUUAACUCUUACAAGGACUUACAGUGGUGUGAAAAACUA